AUGAAAACAGGCUCACAUGUCGCUGCUGCUCGACUUGGCUUAUUGUUAAUACUACUAACAAUCAACUUGUGUCGUGCAUCGUAUGUUACACAUCCCAAUAUCAACUUUGAUCCUCUUGGAAAACUGGGCAUCUCUGGAUCUUACAAUGGCAUUUCAUUGUACACCGACACCGAACAACUGACACAGAUACCAUCAUCCACAUCCUCUGUUGUGGCCCUCUCCAACGACAUAUUGAAGCUCAUUGCAUCCUCCAAUGUCAAUGGCAUCAUUUUCGAUGCUUGUAUUCUAUCAAAUACACUCUACAUUGCCGGUAACUUCUCGACCCUGAAAGGACACAGCGUCAACAACAUUGCAUCGAUUGAUUUAUCAAACAACCAAAUCAAGCCACUGAAAUAUGGUCUCGAUGGGCCUGUUUAUAGUGUGUACUGCGAUGCCACACAAAAUCAAGUGUACGUGGGCGGUGCAUUCAUUGCACCAGUGGAUACGUCCAUGAUCAAGUAUUCAGAUUCGCUCUCCCAAUUUGGAGGCGGUGUUGCCAUUUGGAAGAAUCAGCAAUGGAGCGGAUUACCUUGGAAAGGAGUCAAUGGACCUGUUUACUCGAUAGCAAAAACCAGCACAUCCAUUUUAUUCGCUGGCCAAUUCAAUGCCUCUACAGAUGGACAGCCCUACCAUGCACCUGCCACUCAACCCAUCAGUUUAUCAUCUUCUGGUGUGAGUGCGACCAACACAGCUUCCAAUUCUGCCGCACCUGGCUCCAUUAUUUGUGCAGAUGCAGCCAAUACCAAGCCUUGGAUUUUAUCAGAUGGCAUCAAUGGCACAUGGCAAACAACAUUUCUUGAUUACAGUGUCAAUCCAGUCUUGAUUCGAAUUUCAAAUUCAAGGUUGGAAAAUCAUCAAACAAAUCAAUUUUCUAUUCGAUCCUUGGUAGAUGCCACCAUAUACCAACUUUCCUAUUUGGAUCCAGAUACCAACCUUACAAAAACCUGUUCAACCAACUGCUCACUUUCAAAGAACACCAACGUGUUAUAUCAGGAUUUUAGAAUCACCAACAUUUCAUUGACAAACGGCAUUGCUAUCGAUAUUCAUUCUUGGUAUGGUGUGGGUGGCGGACUAGCCUCUGUCAAAGUGUUUCAGUCAGAAAUAUUCGCUUAUGCCGUCGAUGCUUCGGCCUCCAACAUGUGUGCUUCCACCUCAUCGACAACAAACAACAACAGCACAACACUACCUAGAAUAUCGUCUGUAGGCGGUUGGACAGUCUCCAACACGAGUAUACCCUAUUUAACAAUGCCAGUGACCAAAUCCGAUCUCUUGUCUCCCCCUUCAGUGACAUUUUACCCCAAUCUAGCAGAGUCUGGCUUGUAUGAAGUACUGCUCUACUCACCCGCAUGUUCAGGCAGUGAAUGCUCAAAACGCACAGAUGUCGAUGUCUUUAUAUCUACAUCUGCAUCGCAAACAUCCAAUAUCACACUUGCACCUUCCAGCGCGACGAGUCAGUCCAUUUUUUCUGGCUAUUUUGACGUCUCUGCCAAUUUUACGCCUAGUAUCAAGGUGGCAUUAGCUAAAAAUGCAUCCUUUUCGGGUAGCCCUACCAUGACAUUGGUGGCUCAUGCUGUGCAGUUCAUCAAGAAUCCCUCUGUCGAUGUCUUGUCCAGCGUUAUUCAGUACAACACCUCACAAAACACUGUUACGGCAACCUCCAUUCCAUGGGGGAAAUUAGCAGACAAUAUUCCUAGCCACUCUACUAUCAAAAGCAUGGAUGUAUUCAAUGACAGUAUCUACAUGGCUGGCAAUUUCAGCGGGACCGAUAAAUCCAACAACAAGUACAGCAAUAUUGUACAAUACGAUGCCAGUGCUCGGCAGCUGAAAGCCUUGCCCAACCAAGGACUCAACGGUCCUGUCGAAUCGAUUGUCUGCACAGAUACCGAGCUGUACGUGGGUGGAUCAUUCUCCAUGUUGUCUGGCAAUACUACAGUUGUCGAUUAUUUAGCCAAUGUUGCACGAUACAAUAUGCAAACAGGCACUUGGAGCGCGCUUCAUGCAGGUGUUGAUGGUCCUGUUAUGGCAGUGAAUUGGUCUAAAGACAAGCAAUCUAUUAUAGCGUCUGGUGCAUUCUCACAGCUCUUGCAAACGAGCCAAGAUGCUUCUGGUAUGGGUACAGCGGCCGGAACAGCGCUCUGGAAUACGCAGUUGCAGCAAUGGACAGCCUCCAAAGACACACCGUACAUGUCGGGUGUGGUCUAUGCCACUAUCCAUCACAACAACAACGACUAUUACAUGGGCAACCUCAAGAGUGUGCAACGCUAUCCAUUCAACGGCAUGUCAUUCAUUUCAAACGACAAUACCAUCUCAUCGCCCUUUGAUACUGUGCGUCCUGAAGGUACCAUUAGUGCUGGUGUGCUUUACAAUAGUGUUACACCCAAUCUCACUAAAAGAGAUGCUAGUAACAGUAGCAACAACGGAUCAACUACUAGCACUAUUUUUGGCGGUCAAUUUACAUUACCAGGCCAGCAAGCCAUUCAGAACAUCGCCAUCUACGACAACGGCGCCUGGAGUGGUGUUGCGGGUGCAGACUGGCAGGGCACUGUGCACUCCAUGGCUGUCUACCAUGAUUUGCUCUAUGUUGGUGGCCGUUUCUCUGGUCCUAGCAGCCAUGAUUUAGCAGUAUUUGAUUUGACCAAGAAAUCGCUCUCAUUAACGCCUGAUGUCAAGACGAGUGAUGGAUCGCCUGCCUCUGUCAACAUUGUGCGCCACAUUCCUCCCCGAAACACCAUCGUGAUUGGUGGUAAUUUCACUUCGGUUGGAUCCUUGUCAUGUGCUUGCAUCUGCUCUCUUGAUAUCGAUAGCUUGCAAUGGAGCUCGCUAGGGUCUGGUCUUGAAGGCGAGGUCCAGGAUGUGCAAUGGAUCAAUGGCAAGCUAGUUGCUACAGGCAACAUCAGUCUCAAUCAUUCUCCACUCACCAUUGCAGAGUACGAUUAUGACAAGAACACUUGGGGUCCCUUUGGUACAGCCAAUCUUCCCGGUCCCUCAUUUACCUUGUCGUAUGAUAACAACACGCAGCAUGUCUAUGUGUCUGGACAAACCAACGAUGCUUCGGCCUCUGCUUACAUUCGAGUGUGGGAUGGCCAGCAAUUCAUGACGCCGAAGACUGAAUUGGGCCCUGGUAGCUCCAUCACUGGUUUGUCUAUGUUGCCUAUGACCACCACCAAUGCCUCCAGUCAAAACGCCUUGCUUGUCUCUGGCUUUAUCAACUUGGGCAUGCUUGGAAACGUCAGUGCAGCCUUCUUUGAUGGAGACAAUUGGUCGCCUUACUUGGUCACUUCCAGUGCUAAUGGUGAUACGUCUAGUUCUGCAUUGAACAGUGUCUUUUACUUGGAGCAAAUGCCCUUCAUUGCACCCUCUAAAAACAAGGGCAGUAUGCCCACACCCUUGAUCAUUCUGGUCUCCAUUGCUAUUUCCCUGGGUAUCGUCUUUUUGAUCGUCUUGUGCUCCAUGUUCUGUGUCUAUAUUAAGCGAAAGAGAGAUACCAAGAUCAAUCCACAAUCCAUUCCUGGCGCGUAUUACGGCAAACCACCUCGCACGCCUGAAUCGCUUUUAGCUGUCUUGAAAGCAGCUGCUGCACCAGAAGGCGACGAUCAUGAUGGGGAUGAGAAAGAAGACAGUCGACGCUACUUGCAACAACCCGAGAAUCAACAGCUGUACAACAUGUCGAGGUCCAUCAGUCAAGAGCAUUUGCAUGAACAGUCCCUGACGCCGUUCAACCCAACGGUGGCUGGUGGUGUGGCUGCAAUGACGACAGCAAGGGCUGCUCCUGUGCCUCCCACAGCACAUUCUCGAUCCUACUCUCAACAGCAACAGCAAUACAACAACAUGUUUGGAAACACUACUGUUGUCAACCAUAAUCAGGAGCAACAAGGCGUGAGUAAAGGUGCUGCCGCUACCGCUGCAGGUGUUAGUAUGGCAGGAGCUGCUGUAGCUACUGUUGCUUCCAAUGGAUCCAAUCAUCACGAUGCCGCUCGUCCAGAAUCUUAUGCUAGACCUUAUAGUGAGAUUCAAAGAGAUUCCAACACAGAUUCCUUUUACAACAACGAGUACACAAAUACAAGAGAGAUGUCUGAAAUUCCUAGCCGUUAUAGUCCUUUCAAUCCAUUCAGGAACUCUGAAAUUGGUGUUGCUAUAGCUGGAGGCGCUACUGUUGCUGCUACUACUGGAGCCAACAAGAAUGAGACAAACGCAUUCACUGAACAACAGCAUCAACCACAACAACAGCCUCAAGCUGUCACGUAUAGCAACAUUGCACCACCAGAAACAUCCAGUAUGGCUGCAACGCCGUUACCUGAAACUGUGCGUUGGACAAAUGCUUCACCUGCUGCUGCUGCUGCCAUGAGCUCUGCUGUCGUAAAGCCUAUUUCUCUUGUAGGCACUUCGGAUGGAUCCUCUUCUCUUGUAGACCCUGUGUAUGGACCUGGUGCCUCUGCUGAUAAGGUAGAUAAAGUAAGAUGGACAAAUGCACCCAGUAGUCAACACGCUCUGUCCUCUGCCGUUGUUACCCCCAUGGUGCCUUCACUGGAGAACCGUUCUGUAGACAAUCCAUCCACGCAGAACAGCUAUCUCAGUCCUCGUGCUGCUGCGCCUGUGCCUAAAUCCACCGAUACCUUCAAUCAGGCAUCAACCUCCUCCUCCCCUUCCAACAAUGUGAGAUGGACGAAUUUCAAUACAGAUGAAGCAGUCGGCGUGGCCACUAUUAGCCCUGUAUCCAGUGAAGUUGUCAAUAAUACAUUGUAUCCUUCUGAAAAGUCAUCUGCCUUGAGUAAUCCCAGUAUCUCCAAUACCAUUCAAUCAGGGGAAGCCUUUUCCAGCGAUCCUGACAUCGUCCGCUGGACUACAGCACCUUCUGCCGACAAGAACAAGGCUACAGCUACUAUUGCGCCAGUAGAGCCAAGUGAAAGCCAUGCUUUCAACUCGAUUGGAAAGAGUCAGCCCUACAAAGCAUCUCUCUCAUCUUUGGCUUACCCUUACAAUGCAGCUACACCAGCCACAGUGGACUCAUCAAGAAGCCUGGAGGUGUCCGGUGCUGCUGCUGCUGCUGGAUACACAGCGCAUCACCACUCUAAAAAUGAUUCUACCUCGUCUGCAGACAGAGUGAUCAAUACCAACGCCUUCCGACUGUCUGAUGCUGGCUCCUUGGCUCCCAUUGAUACAUCCAAUUUGGGCUAUGCGUUCAACAAAGAUACCGGUCGUCAAGAGCCACUGAGCCCUGAUUCAGCCGUGCGUUGGAAGACGGCUAAUGUUGGAUCUCCCAUUGAAACUGUCCAUGUGCCUCACAUCUUGGAACCUGCUUCUGCUUUGGUCACUCGCAGAUCCGCUAAUCCAGAAGAUGGAGAAAAAGACGAAAAGGAUGUUGCAUUGGAAAACUACUACAACAAUCCGCAGUCGGCGGCACCUGUGAAGAAGAGCAACAAAUACAAACCUGUCGUCAAUGAGUCGCGUUAUGUGCCUACUGUCUCCACGAAUAGCAACGCAGAGAUGAAUGAGCCAAUCGGCCGUAAAUCAGAAGCGAUUGAUGAUUUGAUUGCAAGUCGAGAUUUGAAUGCAUUGAGUGUACUGAUUGAUGAAGAGGUACCUACUGCGACUACUUGGACGCUGCCAGAACAAAAGCAAGAGGAGCCACCUGUGCCUCAAUUAAUGGCAGUGCCUACACCCUCUCGCUCCACACCUUCACCUUCAGGCGUCAACGCGAUUGACGGAAGAGCAGCCUCUAAACGCAUGGUUGAAGAAUACCUGACAUCCAAAAAGACACCUGCAACAACAGAUGAUAGCAAGAAACAUAAGUACAAGAGCGAUUUCACGUCUGUCAUGGAAGCAGCCAUCAAGAACAAUGCUGAUUCUCCUGUCGCUACAGAAGAGAAACCACACUUGUAUUACGCCAAAUUUGAUUUCAGUGCUCGAGAGCACGGUGAACUUGGUUUUGAAAAAGCAGAUCCUAUUAUCGUCGUGGAUUCCAGUGAUGAUAUUUGGUGGAUGGGUUACAAAGCAGACAAAUCUGACGGCUCUUUUAUUCAAGGUGUAUUCCCUAGUAAUUAUGUCGAAAUUGCAGUUGCUAUUCGAUAA